GGAGAGUAUAGAUUUUAGGCAGACUUAUUUGUGAUUUCAUGUUAUAGUGAAUACAAUUUGUAUGGCAAUAAUAUAUUAUGUGCAAAUCUUCCUGCCCAUGAAACUCCAGACUAUACUCAUUACACAGAAAUGUUACAAGAGACCGUAAUUACAGAAAUGCAGAGACAUAUAAAACAUUUUAUAUGUCUCUGAGAAAUGGAAGCACAAAUAACUAAAGAUACCGAAGCUUGCAAACUUGAAACUGAAUAUUGAGAAUUUAGGUUCAGAUACAAGAAUUUGAUAUCUAAUGCCAACCCCAAUCCCUCAUGUCACAGAUCUCUACGACAAAUCGAAUACAGCGAGUAGAUAACUUUGUCAGAAAGAAGGGGUCUUUGAAAAGUGGGUCAUAUCCGGGGCCUUUCUCUCUCAUCAUGGCGGACGACCUAACGGAAUCAGAACUCCGUCGUGAAUUAACAGCAUUUGGAGUGAGUGGAAUUGGUCCUAUCACCGCAACAACACGCGCACUUUGGGAAAGAAAGCUCAACAAUCUCCGUGCAAGUUCUAAGAAGUCUGAUCGUAGCUCUCGGACAGCAUUGUCAGCUCGCAAAGCUGUCGGUUUUAGCUCGGACGAAAGUGAUCAAGAAUUUUCGCCCAGUAGCCAAAGUCGGAGACAAGUAAACAAUAAAAGAAAGUCCAUCAGUACUAGUAAAUCUAACAAAUUGGGCAAUGAUAAAUCACCAUUGAUUAUUCCACCUAUUGCUGGCAGACAGCCUCUUAGAUCUAGGCAUCGAGGUCGACAGACAAAAGAGGAAAAGACUGUAUCAGACUUUCCUGUCAAAACAAAGCCCUCCACUUUUAGUACUGUAACAGCUACAAGAAAAGAUGAAGAUGAAUUCAGUUCAUCAGACUCAGAUAUAGAAAAUGUUUCCACUGCAGCUGCAGCAACUAACACAUCUUCAAGUUUAGAAACAAGCUAUAGAAUGGAUGCUACUUUAGAUGAACGCUCUACGCCUGAUUCUUUUACAUCCUCUAGAUUUCGCAGCAAUGUUGGUAAACGUUCAACCCCAUCAACGUCAAAAAUGUUUGUACAAAACAAUCAACAUAAUGGUCCCCCAUAUGGCUUCAAUACAAUGAACCGUGCUAAUGAUAAUAAUAUCAAAGUACAGAGGACCGCCAAUACAUCAGCUUACAAGGAUAUCCUAAGCAAUAGCAUUUCAAUAAAUCCCAAACCUAUUUCUCCAUUUGGGAACCAUGUAAAACCUAAUGAGGAAUUAAUGAGUGAAGAUACAAUAAUUAAAAAGGGAUUUAAAACAAAAGAUGAUCCUGAGUCCUAUCGCAGAUCUCAAUAUAUAUCUAAAGCAGUAGUGAUAUUAGGAAUUCUAUUCUUUGUUUGCGUAAGCGGAAUCUACAUCGCUAUGAAAGCGACCCUACCCUAUGAGGGAAGUGAGAAUGAUAAUGUGCCUAUAUGCGGUGAGAAUGGUCUAACAUAUGGCAAAAAUACAGAUUUCUGUAUUCAGCCUGAGGAUGUAGAAAGUGUGUUAUACUGGACAAAUGAACUAUACUUGGAACUGAGCAUUAUAGCAGGUAACAAGCAAUGUGGCUACUCACACAAAAGUGCAAUGACGAAACCAGAAUUUCAGGCAUUCUUAAAGAAACAAGGCCUGAAGGAAGAUGAAGAGAAAAUGUCCCAAUAUCUACUUGAACUUUUGAAGAAAAAUCCACAUUGGAAUAUGAGAGUGGAGACAAAGGGAUCUGAUCUGGUAGAGCUUGAAUCCAUGGUGCCCUACAUGUCCAUAUUUUGCCGUAUACAUAAAGCAUUCUCUAAAGUCCUCUACUGGAUUUUAGCUGCAUUAGCAAUUGUGUUAUUCACAUGGCUGGGAGUUCUCUAUAUGAGAUAUAGAUGGCGUCGUCAAGAAAAUGAGCUCCGAGAAGUCUAUUCAAUGAUAGACAGAAUUAUGGAUGUACUAAAACAGCACCAUGAUGCCAGCCAAGCUAACAAAGAGUUGGGUCUGGAACCAACCCUAGCUAUCUUACAUGUUAGAGACAUGCUGAUCUCACAUAAAGAAAGAAGACAUAUGCAACCAAUUUGGGACAAGGCAGUCGCAUUUCUGGCAGAAAAUGAGUCGCGAGUGCGUGUUGAAACACAAAUGAUCUCUGGGGAAGAAUAUGAAGUCUGGCGUUGGCUCCAGGCUUACACCAAUGGCAGCAAGAACUAUAAAUGGCAGGGUCCUGCAUUUGGUUCCAACUCUGAAUCUGGUGCUAAUCCACUGUCCUAUAAUCUUACACCUUGUUUAAAGAUAAGGAACAUGUUUGAUGCAUCAAUUGAAUAUGAAGAUAACUGGCACAUUCGAAUCCAGGAUGCUAUUCUGGACAAGUGUGAACAAAACAAAUGUGACAUCGUACAUAUAGCUGUGGACAAAACAUCUAAAGAGGGGUGUGUUUACUUGAAGUGCCGUACUGCAGAAUCAGCUGGAAAUGCAUAUAAGCUCUUACAUGGCUGGUGGUUUGAUGGAAAUUUGGUAACUGUGAAAUAUUUGCGAGAGGAACGCUAUCAUGAACGUUUCCCUGAUGCUAAGUCCUCUGCAGCCAAUUUGAACCCUUCAAAUAACAAAAAACUGUCCAUGCAGCAGCCUUAUUUCAAAUCAGCGCUAGAAAUGUCUUAAUUAGUUCAGCAGGAAUGAUGAUUUGUAGCAUAUACAGGACUGCUGUUUCCAGCAAGGUGUCUUCUAUUAGUUCAGUGUGUGAAUGAAUGGAUGGAUGGGGACAUGCAGUUUAGCAUCAGGAUUCAUCCUUUUUAAUAUGUAGAGGUCGUGUUAAAACAGACAAUAGUGGAGAAGUAUAGAAUCAG